CACCAGUCCGUGGUGUCGAGCGUCACGGAAACGACCGAUCGGAAUGCGCCGUCGGACCGGGAACAUUCCGUGCCGGGGCGUCUGCGCCCUCCUCGUCUCGGGCUGGUGGUGGUGGCGGAACGACAGAGUGUGGCGUUCCGACACACCGUCCGCUACGGAUACGCUGAUUCCAUCCCGUCCCAUGGCCUGGCACGGUCCUUCCUCGCGGUCCCGACAACAAAGCCAACGAUCCACGUCCGACUCGCUCGCGGCCUGUCUUUUGAUCAAAGACGACAACGACAUUCUCGACGAAUGGAUUGCCUACCAUUAUCACGUUUGGAAUCUCCGUCAUUUGCUCGUCGCCGUCGACCCCAGCAGUCGUACUUCGCCCCGCGCGACUCUCACGCGUUGGACGGAAGUGACCGAUCUGGAUGUGCGAGUCUGGGACGACGUCGAUUAUCUGCCGGAAUCCUUCCGGACGCUCGGUUACCACAUUCCACCCCGCUACGUCUCGGGCGACGCCCAACGCUCCCAGUGGCACGUGGGUCACGAAUCGGCCGCGCAAGUCGUCGCCGAUCGCACCCGUAUCAACAAUCACCGCUACCGUCAAGUCACACUCCUCACACACUGUUACCGCCACUGGCGGGAGCGGAACGCAACCUGGGUACUCCACGUCGAUACCGAUGAAUAUUUGACCCUCAAUCCAAUCCGGCGUCGGCCACACACGACGGCAGGGUCGCCCGUUGUACCGGUCAAGCUCGUCCAGCCCGGCUGUUUGUUCCGGUUCUGGAACGCACUGCUCCGGGAUAACGUCCAAGCCCGCGCCGCCAACGCUCACCAUUCUUGCGUGUCCAUGCCGCGACUCUUGUUUGGUGCGAUGGAAACCAAUCGUUCGGUCGUCACGACGACAACCACUGCUGGCACAGCCGCCGCGAAUCCCCAACGCUUCGAAACCCUCCGCUGGCGCUACCACGCUGCCUACAACGAUACCGUCUACAACGCCCAACCCAAAACACUAGUGGACGUCUCCCGGGUACCCGCCCCCGACGAACUCUGGCAACAGGCAUUUUCCAUACAUCGACCAUCCAAAGUAUUGUGUCGACGCAUCGAGCAACUCAAUCUGCGCACACCGAACCGUUACCCCCUCGCCGUCUUUCACUACCUCGGAACCUGGGAACGCUACGUUGCGCGUAACGAUACGCGCCGCUCCCGACGUGUCUACGACGCCAAGGCCGCCGCCGGUGCCGGUGGACGACCCGAAGAUUCCAUGGAGGACUGGUUCGAUGGCUGGGUACACGACGUCGGGAUCGAGACGGCGCGCUAUUUGUUGCGCGACUAUUUCCGCUACCCCGGAAACUCUGUCACAAAUGCGUCACGGUACUACGACACGUUGGCGUAGCGUUGUUCCUAACCGUGAUAGGCACGGAACGCAAGAAUUGGUUCCAAGCUAGUCAAGAACAAUUGUGCCUCUCGACAAACGACGUAAGGAGAUACAGUCAGACUGCUUGGCGCCUUUACAUCCACGCAGCCAAUCCUACUGGACGACGAGGAAAGUCCAAGACCUUUCCAUGGACCACGGUAACUAUCUCAUUGCUCGACGGGGAUAUUUUACAAACACGAUAACAUUUUGGAUCAGUUAAGCUUGAGUAAGCUUGCUUCCUCGGAAACACACACGACAACUACUACGCCAAUCAGUAGACUAAGUGAGGGGAGGGGAUACGCUGGUUUCCUUCGACCUCGAUAGAUUUGUGGACUCUCGUCG